AUGGAGAAGAAAAGUGACGAGACGCCUCGCUAUGAGGUUGACGACUCAGUGGGCGUGGGUGAGGUGUUGAAUGCGUCUGGACACAAACAGGAGCUUGAAAGACAGUUCAGUCUAUUGUCAAUUUGCUCAAUUGGUAUCACGACUGGUAAUGUUUGGGCGGCAUUGGGAGGUUCAAUCGCCAUCGCGCUUUACAAUGGUGGACCACCUGGCGUAAUUUAUGCAUUCAUCGCAGUGUCAUGCAUGUACUUCUUGAUCGCAGCCUGUAUCGCUGAGAUGGCUUCUGCUAUUCCUUCUUCCUCGGGUGUUUAUCACUGGGCCAGCGUAACAGCAGGCGCAAGAUACGGCAAAGCUACAGGCUUCUUCGCUGGAUGGUGGAACUUUCUCGGCUGGCUCUUCGGCACCGCAUCCAUAUCCUCCAUCUGCGCCAACCAGAUCAUAUCCAUGUACGGACUCUUCCACGAAGACUACGCAUACGAGCGAUGGCAGGUCUUUGUUGUAUACCUUAUCAUAACCUGGUUCACUGCAUUGAUUGUCAUGCUCAUGAACCGCGCACUACCUACCAUAACCAAGAUUGGGUUAUUCCUCAUUUUGGCCGGAGUCUUUGUUACAAUUCUAGUUUGUGCCAUCAUGCCCAGUAGGACUGGCAAGGGCUAUGCGAGCAAUGCAUUCGUUUGGCGAGAAUGGGAAAACAGGACGGGUUGGAGCAACAAUGGUUUCGUCUUCAUGGCUGGCAUGCUCAACGGCGCUUUUGCUGUUGGAACGCCGUACGUCUUUCCCCAUGUCUCAAAUGAAAAUCUGCAUACUGACCAUGCCAACAGUGACUGCAUCUCCCACAUCGCUGAGGAGAUUCCCAAUCCCCGUGUCAACAUCCCGAAAGCCAUUCUCGCUCAAUACGCCGUUGGCUUCACCACCGCCUUCCUCUACGUCAUCACAAUCUUCUACUCCGUCAACGACCUGCCCUCGCUCUUUGCCAAUCCAUGGCCGUUCCCCCUCGCCGAGCUAUACCGCCAGGCGACAAACAGCCACGCCGGCUCCGUCGGUCUCCUGAUCGUCAUUUUUCUGCCAACGUUCUGCACAAACAUUGGUUGCUACCUCACCACCGGUCGCAUGCUCUGGACGCUGGGACGCGAUCGCGCAACGCCAUUUUCCGCAUGGGUUGGAAAGGUGAACCACACAUGGGGAAACCCACUCAACGCCACGCUUACCUGCGCGAUCCUCAACACCAUUAUUGGCGCAGUGUACGUUGGUAGCACGACUGCUUUCUCUGCGUUCGUCGGAUCCUUCAUUGUUCUCGCCUCCCUGUCGUAUCUCGCCUUCAUCAUCCCCAACAUCUUCAGCCGCAGACGACAUGUCACGCCUGGCCCGUUCCGCAUGCCCGAUCCUGUUUUCUACGUUGUCGCGGGUAUUGCGACAUGUUACAUGUGCAUUUGGAUUGUAAUCUACUGCUUCCCAUUCGCGCGACCGUUUGACGAGACCACGAUGAACUACACGAGUGUCAUGACGGGUGGAUGCACAAUUCUACUCACUGGAUGGUAUUUAUGGAUCAGAAAUAAGGGAUACGUAGGUCCGCGGGCGAUGAUAGAAGAGGCGGAACGCAGAUUAGCGGCGGGCGAGGAUGUCGUUGUCAGUGAUGUCGUGAAAUAG